CAGCCCUUGAAAUCAGUCACUGGAGAAAUCAACUCUGAAGCCUUCUGACGUCUCAUCUAUCAAAGUGAAAAAGUAAGAGUGUCUUGCAAAUCUUUGGCGAAUUGUGAAAAGUUUGGUGAACGUGAAAAAAUCAAAAUGGAGGACUAUGGUAUCGGGUUUAUGGAUGUCAUUUACACGAAGACCCUCUCAGAAGGGGAUAAGCCUUUCUUUAUGCAACCCACUACCCUGGGCUUUUUCAGCCUCGAUAAAUUUCGCACCUUCUGCAACGACUCGAGCGCUCUGGCCCGCUUCAGGCUGCUGGAGAAUAGCUUCUUUCCGUUGGACUUGAAUGUGCGGGUCGAGCCUGGAUGCAACAAGAAGUACAAGCACUUCUACAGCGACUACAUGGAACACUUGCUCCGAUACAUGGCGGCCAACGUGGGACGCUUCUUCGUACCCAACCUGUAUGGCCCAGGACUCCAGGCGAUUCCGACGGUGGUGUGUUCUAUGGAGCUGCUGCAGACGUUGAUGUGUACGCCCUACAACUUGAACGAUAAUUGGAAGAUACUGGUCAACCGAUAUAGAAACACCACGUACAUGUGCCUCGAGAAUCCCGGGGAGCCCUUUGACAUUGUAACGCUGCAGAAGAGGAACAACAUGGUGACGGUUCUAGAACACGUCCUGUACAAGGGAGGGGAAAAACAUUCGGAAUCCCAACCGGAGGCACUUUCGCAGUUCGUCAACGUAUUCUUUGCGAAUAUUACCGAAUCGAUUACAGCUGUUUACGAGGCGCCCAUGGGAGCAGCUUGCCUGUACAGUGCAGACAACGAACUACCGCUCACUUUUAAGAGAAUGUUGAAUAUGCACUACAUAGACUUCAAGUUGGGGAAUUGUGCUUUUUACAAGGACCAUCGAUUCGGGACGUUCUACACAGAACCGUGCUAUACCGACUAUGAUGCACUGACUUGGUGGGCGGAGAGCUACCUCAAGAAAUCCGUAGUUAUCACUGUGGCCUGCUGCCAAAACGCAGGUCGUGUGGCGCGAGUGAAAUCCAAAUUCGCCAUGGGACUGCCCCACGAGCACAGCAACAAGUGGUUGCCGAACGUGUGCCAGAUAUUCCUGGCUAAAAUCAUGCAUGAAAUCUUACUGGCCCUUAACGAGCCCCACCAGCCCGAGACCACAUACGAGUUCAACUACAUUGCCAAGGAGCAGAUUAUAUACAUGAAGAAGAAGAUCGGCGCCCACAAGUAUCCGCUCUUACCAGAUUGGUAUCUCGCUAUGAUGGAGACGGGCAAAUAUUCAGAUGAAACUGAAACUGAAACUGAUGAUGAUGAUGAUUCUGAACUAUAAGGGUCAUGUGCAGGUUGAAGAUGAAAUCCUGCCAAGAAGUCCUGCCUGGUGCCUUCUGCCUACGAUUACCCUUCUAGUCCUACUGGUUGUGCCCUAAAAAACACACACACAUAUUAAUAAAAACUGCAUCUUACAACAUACAAGUGGCACACAGUGCGAUAAUGUAACACUCUAUGGAAGAGUUUGAUACAAAUAAAUGAUUUUGGAAUUUGAGAAGUCUUUCUCAGCA